AUGAGUGGGAAGAGGAAAGUCCUAAAACGACAAUCCAGCACGGCUGCUGCAGAUGUGGACGCCAUCUGCGCCCCCUGCACGCCCGAACACGCCGCUAUCACCGAUGGACCGUCAAGAAGAGCCAGGAGAAAAGAACACUUGCAGUACCUUGAACACCCGCCAGAUGGCGGUUGGGGCUGGCUGGUGGUGUUCAGCAGUUUCCUGAUGCACAUCGUUGUGAUCGCGUCCAUCAAAUCCUUCGGUGUGUUCUACCCUGUGUUCAGAGAAGCGUUCAACGAAGGUGCUGGGGACACAGCGUUCAUCCAAUCAACGUUGGUGGGCAUGACACUGAUAUGUUCUCCGAUUGCCUGUGCCCUGAGUAAGCUGACCAGUUGCCGUGUGAUGGUCAGUACUGGAGGUGUCCUGGCCGCUGUGGGACUGAUCAUCAGUUCUUUCGCCUCAAGUGUGACGUAUCUUCUCUUCAGCCUGGGGAUUCUUACAGGGUUUGCCAUGUCCUUGAUGUACUCGCCAUGCCUAACCAUGGUGGGACGUUACUUUGACAAGAAGAGGGCAACAGCGAACGGGAUAGGCUUGUCAGGAAACGGAGUUGGGAUGUUUGCUUUGUCCCCUUUGUAUCAGGUUCUGAUCGAUGAGUAUAGUUAUCACGGUGCCCUGUUAGUGAUCGCUGCUAUUACCCUUCACGGGUGUGUAUGUGGGGCCUUACUCCGGCCAAUACGCCUCAGGGAAGACCUGGAACAGCAAGCUUUGAUGUCCAAAAACCACCGAAAGACCCCAAACAACUCCACAUCACAUUGCAACAAGUGUGUCUCCUCUACUCGUAAGGUUCUGGAGAUUUUCGACGUGUCGCUUCUGACGGAUGUCGCAUUUGUGUUGUUCCUAGUCUCUCAUUUUGGCACGAUGCUUGGCUACUCUAUUGUUUUUGUCCACAUGGCUAAACAUGCUCAAAACAUCGGGGUUGGUAAAACGGAAGCAUCGUUUUUAAUCUCAGUGAUGGGAAUCAGCGAGUUUAUCUUCCGAUUGAUUGCAGGCUGGUUUGCAGAUCUUGGUGUCAUGAGUAGACUGAAUGUCUACAUGCUUGGAGCUGCAGGGGUGGGGUUGUGUAACCUGUUUGUGCCCUUCUGUAAGUCUUAUGCUGCGCUUAUUGUGUACAUGGCGUUCUACGGGGUGUUCUCCGGGGUGUUCCACUCCCUGAUAGCGGUGCUGGUCCGAGAGUACACCGGCGUCGCCAGGCUGUUCAACGGUAUCGGUUGGACCUUGUUGGCGGGUGGAACAGCCUACCUACUAGGAGCACCAAUUGCAGGCUGGCUUUAUGAUGCUACGGGAAACUACAACAUCUCUUUCUUCUCUGCCGGCUCCAUCAUAGUCUCAUCUCUCAUCCUGCUCUGUCUGAAGAAACCACGCAACCCUGACGGGGAGCAUGAAGAUGACUCUCCAUCACCACAAAACAACAUAGGUAUUGUCGAACUGGAUGAAAAUAUGGAAGUUUUACCUACUCUCUUGGAGAAGGAAACAUCAAUGUAGCUUUCUGACUUGCCAACACGCUAUUGACCUUCUUUCAAUAAGAUUGAACAUCUUAGUGACCGGCUUGAUAAAUUGGGUAUCUUUUCACAAAAUAUGAUUUAAAACAGAUCAAAACGACAUUCCAUUGACUUGGAGCAACAC